UGAUAGUUGAAAUGUCUCUUUCUGAAGCUUUUAAGGAUAUUGCCCACACACUCUUCUUCUUCGGUUCUUCCAUUACUACUUCUUUAUAAAACCACCAUCACACUGAGACAGUAACAAAACUUCAGAUCUGAAUCAAUCUCACAAGUGGUACAGAAAGAAGAAGAAGGAAUGAUGAUUUGUGAAAGAGAUGACUUUAGUCUCACUGGGCCAUUGCACUUAACAGCUAUAGAUUGGGCUAAUGAACAUCAUAGAAGAUCUGUAGCUGCUUCUUUGGUUCAAGGAAUCUAUGUAGCUGAGCGCGACCGUCAGCUACAAAGGGAAGGUCCUGAUUUAGCUCUGUCCCCAAUAUGGUCUGAGUUUUUCCAUUUCCGCCUUAUUCGUAAGCUUGUGGAUGAUGCUGAUAUCUCCAUAUUCGGAGGUAUCUAUGAGUAUAAACCGCCUCAACAGCUCUCUCAAACAGUCAAAUCCGUGGAACUGAGUCCGCGUUUUGUGAUUGCAUUCAGAGGAACGGUUACAAAAGCGGACUCUAUUUCCCGUGACAUCGAGUUAGAUUUCCAUGUUAUCAGAAACGGGCUUCACACGACGACAAGGUUUGAGAUAGCUAUCCAAGCGGUGAGAAAUAUAAUUGCUUCGGUUGGUGGUGGUUCGAAUGUGUGGCUUGCUGGUCAUUCUCUUGGUGCAUCCAUGGCAUUGCUUAUUGGGAAAACAACAGCUAGAACCGGAGUUUUGCCUGAGUGUUUCGCCUUCAAUCCACCGUUUUUAUCUGCUCCUAUCGAAAGAAUCAAGGAUAAGAGGAUCAAACAUGGGAUACGCAUUGCAGGCAGUGUGAUCACAGCUGGACUUGCUCUAGCAAAAAAAGCCACCCAACAAUACAGCCAAAACAACCGUGCAUUACCCGCAAUUCCCGACCCAUUUGCCUCCUUAUCCGACUGGUUCCCGCGGCUGUACGUCAACCCCGGAGACCACUUAUGCUCAGAGUAUAUAGGCUACUUCGAGCAUCGAAACAAGAUGGAAGAAAUCGGAAUCGGGUUUGUAGAGCGUGUAGCGACGCAGCACUCGUUGGGCGGUAUACUCUUAGGAGGACAAGACCCGGUACAUCUGAUGCCGUCUUCAGUUUUAACAGUGAACUUAAGCUCGUCAAGAGACUUUAAACAAGCUCAUGGGAUUCAUCAGUGGUGGAAAGAAGAUCAUAAGUUUGACACCAAAGUAUACCAAUACAAAUGAUUCGUACUAAUUUUAAUUAUAAAUCAAGUUAACCGGUAUAUGUAAACCGGAAUUUGUCUUCUAUUUAUUUUAUAAUUUUUCCGGUUCAAUGUGUUGUGUAGCUUAUAUGAAUAAAGAUCUAGUAACUUGUAAGCGA